AAGUUUGUUAAUCUAAUAAAUUAAUAAUAAUUUUUAUGCUUAAUUAGUACUAGUAGUUAAAUUUGUUAAUAGUUGAUCAUCUGCUAAUAUGUCUUUCUUUCUGACUGGAAACACACUCUGACAUAUCUCCCUUUGUUAUGCCCGCCUAAACAUAAUAACUCUUCUCUUUUUCUGUUUUUCACACACACACAAACACAGAACAUAUUUAGUCAACCGAGUUUAUAGGGGGGUUGUAUUAAUGGAAAAAAAUGAAGAGUCAGAUAGCCCAGGUUGGGGUGCUGCAUUUUUCAUGCAGACAACAGAAGAUGUUGCUAGAGCGGUUCGGGCUGCAGCAGCCCGCCCCUCAGUUGUAUACUCAUCAAAAGAGGACAGUGGUGGCCAUCUUCAAAAGCUUCAAAAUCAAGUAUUUAGAGUACUGAAAGGCUUAUCUAAUCCGACCGAAGAGAAAAAAACUUACAACCCUGAAGUAUUAACCAGCCAAAAGCGUCAAUGGGCAAGCUUUCAGUUGCAGGCUCUUCAUCGCAGGAUAUUGAAAGAACCAACAAGGCUCAUUGAGAGCAUGGUAGUAGUUGGACUUCAUCCUAACUGCGAUAUUCAGUCACUUGAGGAGCAGUAUUUUGGCACAAAAUUCAAAGGUCCGGGAAGUCUGCGAAGUGCAGUUAACAGUCAGCAUCUAGAAAAUAUUGAGCCUCAGGUUCUAUUUGUAUACCCUCCGGACAAACAGCUGCCAUUAAAGUACAGGGAUCUUCUUUCAUUCUGCUUUCCUGAUGGACUGGAGGUUAAUGCUGUUGAAAGAACUCCAUCUAUGAGUGAAUUGAAUGAAAUACUUCUUGGACAGGAACACCUGAAACAAAGUGACCUCUCCUUCGUAUUCAGGUUACAGGGUGCAGACGAUUCGAUUUUGUAUGGUUGCUGUCUGGUAGCUGAUGAAUUGGUGCAAAAACCAUCCAGAUUAAUUUCUAUGAUGUCAGAUGGACAACCUGUUCGCCCAGCUUUGAGCCGCCACAUUUUAACAACUCGUCGGUGUUACUGCAUUCUCUCAAGACUUCCAUUUUUUGAUCUUCAUUUCGGCGUGCUGAAUAGCAUUUCCACUGAAGAAAGGUUGGAACGGCUAAGGCAGAGUAUCGACGGAUUAGAUCUUGAGUCUUCUGGUGUGUAUGAAAAUGAAGUACAUUUAGAAGACAACGCAAGGGGUAUUUCAGAUGAACUCGGGUCUCAAAAAAUGCUUAACGGAACUGCAGAUAUUGUCCAAUUUAGCAGUCACAACGUUAUCACUGGAACAGCCAUCAAAGAUCAAUCCCUUACGGUAGACUCCCAGUCAUCAGACAAGAAUACCAGCGAUCUUUCAUCUAUAGAUCCUGCUACAAUAAUGGAUUCAUCUAAUCAAGGAGCUGUAGCUGCUGAACCAAUCUCUAAAUUUUGUGACAGUCCUGUUUAUGAUACAGUUGAGAAUGAUCAGCCAACUCAAAGGCAUAUACCAAAUGCAAUUUUGCCUCUCCUGCGUUAUCAUUAUGAUAGCUCAGAAUCUUCCUCAAGUUUCCAGGGCUCACCUAGUGAAGAUAGAAACUUAAGGAGUGAGCUUGAUUCAGCGGAUACAGAAGAGGCAUCUUUCUCUAGCCAAGAAGAUAAUGAACAUGAUGAAAUUCUUGAAUGGGCCAAGGCAAAUAGUCAUGGAUCGUUACAGAUAAUAUGUGAGUAUUAUCGAUUACGUCUCCCUGCAAGAGGUUUAACAAUAAGGUUCCGCCCUCUGGAGCACCUUCAUACUUUGGAAUUUCAUAGACCUGAUGAAACAGUUCUACGUAUUGCUGGCUCAACAAUUGACUUAAUGUCAUGCAGCACAGAUUUUGAAAUGGCAGAGGCUCACAGUGCACUUGCAGUGGAGGAGGAGGCAACUGCUAUGUCAGUAUGGUCGAUUGCAUGCUUAUGUGGCUCCUUGCGACUCGAGCAUGUUUUGACAAUAUUUGCGGGUGCUCUGCUGGAGAAGCAAAUUUUGUUUGUAUGCUCUAAUCUGGGAAUAUUGUCUGCUUCAGUGUUGUCAAUAAUCCCCCUGAUCCGUCCCUACCACUGGCAAAGCUUCUUAAUGCCGGUUUUGCCAAAUGACAUGUUGGACUUCUUGGAUGCACCUGUCCCAUUCGUUGUUGGUGUGAAAUACAAAACUGCAGAAAUACAAUCCAAGUUGGCAAAUGUUAUUUUUGUUGAUGUAAACAAGAACCAGGUGAAAUCAUCGUCAAUACCACAAUUGCCUCGAUACAAAGAAUUAUUUGCAGCCUUAAGUCUAUACCAUGCUCAGCUUGUUGGAGAAAGCUAUUUAGGGAAAAGGAGACCUGUUUAUGAUUGCACUGAGGUGCAGGUUGAAGCUGCAAAGGGAUUUCUCAGAGUAUUAAGAUCUUACUUGGACUCUCUUUGCUCUAACUUACGUUCUCACACGAUUACCAAUGUUCAGUCCAAUGAUGACAAGGUAUCUUUGUUGUUGAAGGAAAGUUUCAUCGACUCCUUUCCUAGUCGUGAUCGACCUUUUAUGAAGCUCUUUGUAGAGACACAACUCUUCUCUGUACAUACGGAUCUGGUUUUAUCUUUUUUCCAGAAGGAUUAGUACGACAAUGCAAGCUUGACAUUGCAAUGUAUAAUUAUAGGCACUUAUAUACAAGCUCGGAAUCUUAUUGUCCCCAUGAAGUUCGAUUAUCAUAUAAAUUUUGUAAUCAUGUUCUUGCAAUGUACACAUGUAAGUUUUCUUUUUGCCCCUGUCGAGCUUGAAUGGGUCAGGUCGCACUUCAGAUUUCCGCGAGCAAAGCCAGAAACUUCAAUCAAGCUAGCUUCUUUCUCAAUGAUCAAUAUCUUAUGGUUCUAGAUAUCAUCAUAAAGAACAAUAAACUACUUUAACAAUCAAUAGAGAAGUCAUGUCUAUCUAUACUACUGUUCUUUAUAAACUCCAUUUUUUAUUUAUACUGUUUGAACACUCGAAGUUAUAUAACAAGAUGUUCCCUUAUCUAUAAGGUGUUUAUAAGAA